GGGGUGAGAAGUCCGAGUAUUGGGGACCCGGUCCAAGAGAAGCAGAAAGGAGUACAGGGCUGUGGUGAGGAGGCAGGGCCCGGAGCAGGCAGCCAUGGCUGAGCGGAGUUGGCUCCAGCUCCCCCCAGCCCCAUCUACACACACAAACACGCACACGCACACGAGGUGUCUGCCCGUAAUAUUGGGAUUUGUGUCCCAACCAUUCCUGCCCAGUGUGUGAAUAUUUAUGAGGGCCUUAGCAGGGGUGUGUGGCGGGAGGAGGGGCGGUGUCUGCUCUCUCUUCUUCCCUUCCCCCAAACUAAACAGAGUGUAAGUUCGAGCGCUUUUUGAAAACUUUUGUUUCCGCAACUAGUGGCUACAAACCUGGCCCCUUCCCUCCCCUCAGUCCCUACCCAGCGUGGUACACAAACACACACCUUGUGCAACGUAGUGAGAGGCCCCUCCCCCACCUCAGAGGCUAAACCACCCCGCUUCUCCCUGGACCGUGCAGACUGAAGAAGGAUGUGCGGGGACCUCAGUCUGCCCUCCCAUUGCUUUCUCCUAGGAAGACUCUAUGAAGUCCAGAUUCGGUGGGGGCGGGGCAGCAAAAGUGUCUGCCCAGAUUUUCUGACUUAAACCCGUUUUGGCUCCGUCAGAGGCCCUGCCUUCCUCCCACCAAGCUAACCUCUCCCUUCUCCCAGACUGUCUCAGCAAUGAAGAUCCAACCGUGGACCUCGAACUACCCUCAUGAUCUUAGACAGUCCUUUCCCCUUCUCUGGCUGGCCCCAGCCUCCACGCCUCACCCCCAGCCUGGCCACCCUAGCUGUAUGUCUGUUUGGGAAUGGUCACCAUUGACUGUCUACCUGGCCUGGACCCUCACAGCUGUAGAGGUGGAGGAUCUCCAAAACUCUAAGGAUGUCUGGCCAGUGGAGACAAGUCUGUCUGUGCCCUUGUCUGCACCAAUCCUAAGUCCCUGUUCCGGUAGAGCCCUUGAUACAAGGACUUAGAGUUCUGGGGAAUAUGCGCCGCCAAGGACCAGGUUCCUUCAGCUUGGAAGGACAGCAGGGAACAGGAGGCUGGGAGGCCUUUGUGUCUGGGAACUUUCUCUGUCUCUUUUGGCGUCUCUGUCACCCCCACUUUUCCAUGUUCCCUUCCUUCCUUAUUCGUUUUCUCUGCUCUCUCCUCUGAUAUCUCCAUCCAAGACCCCCUCCCCAGUCUGACCUGCUCUCCACCCACUGGCAGAGGAGGGGAGCCAAGUGUGCUCAACACAGGCUGCAGAGUCCAGGGGGAGCUGCUGGGAAGGCUUAGUCCUGGGCUGUAAUUUGAGGCCCCCAGCAAGACCCCUCCCCAGCCUGAACUGGGCCAGACAAUGUGGCUUUUGUAACACUUGUCCUGUUCUGGACUGUUCUGCCUGCUACCCAGGAAGCCCAAACCGCAGGAGAUACAGCCAAAACUCCACAGAUGCCUGACCCUGAGACCAGAACCCCUCAUGCUCCCUGCAUGCCCACAGAACAGGGAGAGCACAGCACUGUCCCCAGGGUGGAAGCUGCUGGGAGGACAGCCAGGGUGUGACAUGCCUCCACUUUCAGGCACCCACAAUAUAGACAGGGCACAAGAGGACUAGGCAGCUGUGGUUAGGGCGGGUGGCCAAGCACUCACACUCUUGACCCUAACCCUGGCCACUACCCCACCCACUCCUGAGGGCUCCAAGAGCCGGGCUCCCUAACCCACAAGAUUUCUGCCUAGCACUGGGCGUCACAUUUCUAGCCAUGGCUCUAAAUUCAAUUUCCUGGGAACUGGAGCCCUCGGACCUAAAAUAAAACAACUGGAUUGGACAUAACUGACAGCUCACAUCCUCUAUCAAAAUAGUCCACUUUCUCUGGUUGCCCUGGGCUUCAAAGCCAGAUGCCAUCCGUAAUCCUUGAUGUGGCCCCUCUUUCUCCUUCCCCUAACCUGGGGCCUUCUGAACUCCAGCACUCGAGUCACAGACAUGCAGAGGUAAAUACUAACACCAAAAGAGAUGGACGAGAGACUAGCAGGUCAUUGUCAGACUGUCAGUAACAGGGCAGCGUGGAGGACACACGGACACCACAGGUGUUGGGAAAGGCUUUCUGAAGGGAGAGAUGAGGCUGCAGCUGGACCAGGGAGCAUGGGCAGCAGUGUGGUACAAGGAACUACAUAAGCACAGAGACAGUCAUAGCCCAAGGGGCAGGGAACCCAGAUCCACUGUCCACAAAGACAAUGCUGGCGGCCGGACUUGGAGCCCCAGAACGUGGAAACUGGCCAGGCUUGAAGUGAACCCAUUCUACCUGGAAGAGGUUCUCCUCUUUCUUCCUGGCCAAGAACCAUCCCCCAACCUGGAGGAUAACAGGCAGCGGGAGUCCACGGGGUCCCUGCUGUUGGUCCCAGACCAUGUCCCUCCUCCCUGGGCUGGAGGUAGCAUCAGGAUCCACUCGUCCUGCAAAGGCAUCAUCGGAAGAGGGCUCCCCGGAGGAGGUGGCACCCUCCAUGCCCCAAGACAGUGGUCCCAGGAUUCACCAGGCGCUGAGCAGCACUGGUCUGGAUGUUCCCACAGAAGCUGUGACGUGCCAGCCUCAGGGGAACCCCUUAGGCUGCACCCCACUACUGCCAAAUGGCUCCAGCCACAGCCACCCCUCAGAGCUGGGCAGUGCCGGGCAUGCGGGGAAUGGUGCUCCCGGAGGCCCCAAGGCCCACCGGAAGUUGCAGACACACCCAUCUCUGGGCAGCCAGGCCGGAAGGAAGAGCAAAGGCAGCACCCGGUCGGCUUCGCAGGUCCCCCUCCAGGCCCAGGAAGAUUGCUGCGUCCACUGCAUACUGUCGUGUCUGUUCUGUGAGUUCCUGACGCUCUGCAACAUCGUCCUGGACUGCGCCACCUGCGGCUCCUGCAGCUCCGAGGACUCCUGCCUCUGCUGCUGCUGCUGCGGCUCGGGAGAGUGUGCAGACUGUGACCUGCCCUGUGACCUGGACUGCGGCAUUGUG